AUGAAUUUUCCAUCCCAAAACCUUCAUACAAGACCCUUUCACGCCGAAAAUUCCUACAACCCCUCGGCUUACAUGGCAUCGGAGCCGCAAUUCCUUCAACAUUACGCGGCUCCUAGAGCCGAACUCGCGGAUGGCCAAGGCUGGGGAAGUUUCGAGAACGAAGCGUCUAUUCCGGAAGGGCAGCCACCGGUUUUUGCAACUAACGGAAGCAAUAAAGAAGACCAACCAGGGCCCUCCACGCCACAGCCGAAACCACGCGGACGGCCGCGGAAAUAUCAUGUCCAUGGAAAAAAUCCAGAGGAAAAUAAGCGCUUCUCUAAUUCGCUGGCCUGCAAGGAAAGUCGCAAGAUCAAAAAUCAGCAAAUGGACGAGGCACGAAAAUUGGUGGUCCGUCUGAAGGAACUUAGUGAUACGCUGUUUGAUGCACACUCACAGCAACGAAGAAAUGCCCGUCCAUCAAUGGACAUGCGUGGGAUCACGGAACUUCGGGAAACGAUCGGCAAGCUGAGUGCAUUAGCGAUAUUUACCAAAAAGCCACGCGAGCAGAAA